AUGAAACAGACAACCAAACACCACCCCAUCCUCCACUUUGAACCCCUCUCCGACUCCCCCAUCCCCAUCCUCUGGGACCUCCUCCUCGCCUGUUACGCUAUCCGCCUCACCCUCCUCUACGCCCUCCUAACCCUCGUUUCCCACCUCAUCCUCUCCCGCCUCCCCUCCUCCCCCAUCACAACCCUCGUAUCAGCAGCCUUCUGGACACGCUACCUCACCCACCGGUUCCAAGUCCCCCCCGCAAUUGGCUUCAGGGCCGCAAUUGGCCUCCUAGCAGGAAUGAUAAUCUUCCUAAUGGAGGAACUGCUCUCCGGGUUGGAGUACGAGAUGGGAUAUGGGGGGUUAAAGGGUCUCGGGGGGUGGGUCAUGGCUGGGGUUAUCUCCAUGCCUGUAAUCAUGGGGUUGGGCGAAGAGGGUAAAGAACGGUGGGUGAGGUGGGAAGGAAAGGGGUUGGAGUUCGGGACGAGUUAUUAG